AUGGGUACGACGUACCGGGAGCUUUUUAAAUUAUACGAUUUAAUUCAAAGCGGCGAUGCGGGGUGUGUCGAGAGAUUUUUACGUGAAACCUCCGCGGAUUUAAAUAUAAUUUUACCAUGUAAAGGUAUAGGAGUAUUACACUUAGCUGUAGGAAUAGAACCCCAAGAAAAAUCUAGGAAAUGCACUGAACUAAUUUUAAAACAUGGUGGAGAUCCAAAUUUAAGCAAUGACGAAGGCAUAACACCAGUACAUAUAGCCGCAAUAUGGGGCAAAGUAGACAAUUUAAAACUUCUUAUUGGCUGUGGUGGAGAUCCUUGCAGACAGGACCUGGACGGAAUAUCUGCAUUUGACUAUGCAGUGAGGGAAGAACAAUGGGAUGUUUACGAUUAUCUACACAAUGUAAUUGACCAAAGCGAUGAUUCUAUUGAAUCUGAAUGUGCAUAUACUUUAGAUUUGGAACGAAUUUUAGUGACAACAGACCAAAUGGUCGCAGAAUACGAGGUAGUGAAUGAGAAUCAAAACAACACAUCAGUUAGAAAGUCCGAAAUGAUAAAAGAUUGGUGUGACAAGAAUAGCUUAGUGAUAAACAAACUGUACCCAACCAUACUCGGCGAAACAUACCUCGUAGAUGACGAUUGGAAGAGCAAUGAUAAACCAAAAAAUUCAGACAAUUUAAACGAUACGAUUACAACCUUCAAAACAUGUGUCUCCCACAAAGACAGUAUAGACAUAAGUGGACUAUGUCGUCUAGACCAGACUAUAAACAAUAGUGGACUACCUCCUCCUCAACAGACAGACAAAAACUCGAAACGAAGUAGUAUAUAUGAGAACUUCUCACUCCCCGGAUCUCCUAACAGUAUUAUCCAUAGGAACUAUAAUACAAAGUCGAGUUUGAAAAAGAAUAAAAACUUAUCAAAUGAAAUGAGUAAAUUGACUUUGAAUACUAAAGUGGACUUAGAUAAAGCUUUAGCAGUGGUUCAGAAUAGAACAAACGAAUGGUUGUCGUCUUGUAGUGAUGAGACUUGCGACAAAGGCAACACGAGACGCUCGUCUGCCAGCAGUGGGGUCAGCAGUAAUUUCUCAGGGUCAGUUCUUCUAGCAAGUGUCCAAGAAGAAUACAAAUAUGAGGAUAAAGAAGAAGAUGUGGUUCUUAUUGAACGGAGGCUUCGCGUUUCUUCUGUUAUAUUACCUUUAGAAGAAAGUGAAUCGCCAGACGAAACAAUAUUGUCUCUGGCAUCUUCCCUACCUCCCACUAUGGAGUAUGACGCCCAAAGUCUUAGAGCAGAGCUGAUAGAACUAGGCUGUAACCCCGGACCUAUAUCAGAUAGCACUAAACACUUGUAUCUGAAGAAACUUCAAAAUUUGAAGAAACAGCCUGUUGUUGUUCAGAGUAAUAAGAAAACGUACACAACAGAAAUACAGAAAUCUUUCCAAACCGAAGCCUGGAUGGACAACCUCUCCCCGUACGUGGAGCUGCAUGAGGAAAUCAAGGCUGACUUCUCAGAAAAAAAGUGCUGGCGUGAGGGAGGCUCCAAGACCUCCUUCACCUACCUGCUGCUGGACCCGCGCCGCACCUCCCGUCUCCUGCCUUGCAAGGGCCCCCCGCCCGCGCGCCUCCGCUCCUGGCAGACCUUCGUGGACUCCAUAUUUUAUGUUGGGAAAGGAAAGCGCUCUAGGCCAUACGCACACCUCUACCAAGCGUUAAACCUAUGGAAGAAAGACUUCAAAACUUCCAGAGACGAAAAAGUACAAACAAUAUUAGACAUAUGGUCGGCUAAACUGGGUGUUGUAUGUCUGCAUGUCUUCCAAAACGUCAUACCCGCUGAAGCUUACACCAACGAGGCAGCCAUGAUAGAUGCUAUCGGUAUACAGAAUUUGAAGAAUAUCAAAAUAGGGAAUUAUUAUGGUGUAGCAAAAACAUGGAGUGCGAAUAAACAUAGGAUGCUUGGCCUCAACUUCUUCUACUUCUUCUUCAGUCACGGCUUUUUCCGCAUU